AGCCACUUACGAGGGCUCAGACUACUUCCUGGUCUGGUUUCGCCACGACUUCACCUUGAUCGAGCGCGCUCGUGUGCGCGUACCCGUUGACUAUUUUUUUUUUUUCCUUCAUAAAAUCAACAAGAGAAGACCACCCGGCAACACGGCGGCACCAUUUGGGCGACGAUUCAAGGGAUUUCUCCACCAUGACGGACGAACAAGAAAUCAUGUGCAAGUUAGAAAACAUACUUGAAGUACGGAACAAAACAGUCCAAAUGCAGAAGAUCAAGUCUCGUCUGAAGAUUGAGUUUGAGGCAUUGGAAUCUGAAGAGAAGCAUCUAAAAGAGUACAAGCAAGAAAUGGAUCUCCUCCUGCAGGAAAAGAUGGCACAUGUUGAGGAGCUCCGACUCAUACAUGCAGAUAUCAAUGUGAUGGAGAGCACAAUCAAGCAGUCUGAAAAUGACCUGAACAAGCUGCUUGAAACAACUCGUCGCCUUCAUGAUGAGUACAAACCUCUGAAGGAGCAUGUUGAUGCACUGAGAAUGACUUUGGGACUGCACAGACUGCCUCACCUCAAUGAAGAAGAGGAGAAGCUCUCUCUGGAUUACUUUGAGAAGCAAAAAGCAGAGUGGCAAAAGGAGCCUCAUGAGCCAGCCAUCCCAGAAUCCCUAGCUGCCGCUGCAGCAGCAGCGCAGCAGCUUCAGGUGUCCCGUAAACAAGAUGCCCGUCAGACGGCCACUUUCCGACAACAACCACCACCCAUGAAGGCUUGCCUGUCAUGCCACCAGCAGAUUCACCGCAAUGCACCUAUCUGCCCCUUGUGCAAGGCCAAGAGCCGCUCACGCAACCCUAAGAAGCCCAAAAGGAAACCGGACGAGUAGAUUCUUAUCUAGCCACAGUGUUUACUCCAAACUGGCCCAGAUGGCUGAUCCUGAAUCAGUCAUAUGCACAGUGUGCCAGAGCUAGGUAUUAAAAAAGGGACUUCCACACACUUUGACUAAAUGUUUUAUUAGUAUUAUACCUUAUUCAAUAUCAAUAUCAGUGUAGCACUAAGCCAAGUUUGGCUCCUAUCAACAUUGUGUGUUUCUAUCUGUGUUGUUGCUGUAUUAAUAUCGAACUGUAUAGUCUCCCUUAUUAGGUUUAUAAUCCCUCAAUCGCGUUCCUCCGAUAGCAAUUAACAAAAUAGUAAUUUCUAGUCAUCAUGUUUAUUGCCUUAGAUAAUGUAUUGAAAGCUAAGUUAGUUUUUUAAUCUGUUGCAUGCAUGCUUCUGUGGUUGUCAAAUGUGAUUUGUUGCCCCAAAAAAUGAAUACAACAGGUUUAAUUGCUAAAUGAAAUGAAAUUAUGUUUUAAUGUUUACAAUGGAAGAGUGACUUCUGGCACAGAUGGGGGAAACCGCCAGAAGUACUUGCUUUAAAAUGUCGAUUUCAUACAAUGAUAUGGAAAUAAAUGUCUCUUUUGUACUAAAAUUGACAACUUUAUGUACCAUCCCUUUUAUUUCAAAAGUAAAAUCCUGACCCCUUCAAAAUUAGAAUCAAACAACAACCUUUUGGACUCAUAUACAUGUGCCAUAUAUUCAUUUUGUUAGCCAUGCAGCUGCACCACCUGAUUAAAUGUAUUUUUUUUCUUGCAAUUCUCCUAGACACAUUCUGUGUGCAGUGCUAAUCAAAGGCAGAGUGACUUCACAGGCCCAUGUAAGCUCGUUUCACCAGCUGUGAGAAGGUGACAAAGAAAGCCACGUUAGACUGAAUGGCCAAACGUGGAUCGGAAAAGAACAACGGUCCAAAAAUCAACUUGAAUGGCAGACCUGUUAAAAGACACUAAAGCGAAACAAUCCUAUUCUGGCUUUAAGAAAUCAAUUAAUCACUUUCUAUGUUGUCUUGCUGACAAACUGCAGCGUAAACAUACAGUAAUGGAAAAAGGUUCAAGAUCCUGUGACUAACCAGAUGGAAUAUCUAAAAGCAGAACCUACUGUACAUUCUAUACUCUUUAAUGCGUUUGAUAACCAACAUUCAUUUGAAUAACAUAUUAACCUGUUGUUUAAUUACAACGAGGCAUGUCCAAGUAUUAGAUUCUGACGGUAUGAUAACCUUAAGCAAAAAUAUCACGGUAUUGCAAUUACAGCUCAAAAAUGCGUUGCUUGGAGAUAUCUGGGUUAAAAAAAAAAAAUUCUAUUGAACAAGACUGUUAUUUUUCAAAGUAUAUUAGCAAAUUGGAACAUACAGUAAGAAUAAUUUUUAAAUGAUUUAAAAAAAUAACUGAAAUAUUCUCAACUAAAUUAAAAUAAAUGUAGUCCUUUAGGUUAGCAUAAACCAGACAUGUCCAAAGUCCGGCCCGGGGGCCAAAUGCGGCCCGUGGUAAAAUUUCAUCCGGCCCCCAGCCUCUGUCAUGAAAUCAAUAACGUCUGGCCCGCACACAGACUUAGUAAAUUGGUCAGUAGUACUGCUACCAGCAUAUAAAGUAGCUUACACACUAAAUGCUGUUCCUCAUUUACCCACUAAAAGGCAGCAGCACUCUAAGCAACAUUACCCCGUGUGACCCUUUAGUCCCAAUUUUCUAAAAUGGCGACGCUUCAAGGAUAGGUGGAAAUUGGACUAUUUCUUCACUAAAAUACGCAACAACUGUGUCUGCCUCAUUUGCAAAGAGACCGUCACUGUUUAGUUCAAUGUGAGGCGAUAUUACC